AUGCAUUUCUCGAACGUAAUCCCGUCCUCACUUCUCCUCCUCCUCCCCGCCCUCAUUCCCUCGACUUCCGCCGAUCGUCUCCUCCAAUCCACCGCCUUGUCCGCGUGCAUGAAGAACCCCAAGUUCUCGGCAUCGCGAUUCAACGUCCUAUUUACGCCGGACGACGCCAUCGUGCACUUCAACGUCACGGGAAACUCGUUGAUUUCAGGAAACGUCACCGCGGCGUUAGACGUUUUUGCCUAUGGCUACAAAGCAGUCUCGACAGACCUAAAUCCUUGCGACAGCGAAGACUUGGCCGGACUAUGCCCUAUGAACACGGGUCCGAUUAAUAUCAAGAAUUCGAACGCUCCAUUAUCGGAAGAUGUCAUCAAGCAAGUUCCAGGAAUCGCCUAUACUGUACCCGACCUUGACGGCAAGGUGCGGAUCUACAUCAACGAUUCGAGUACCAAUGAACCGCUCGCCUGCCUCGAAGCAGUGCUGUCGAACGGAAAGACGGUGUACCAGCCAGCGGUCGGUUGGAGCACUGCCGUGAUUGCCGGGAUCGGCCUCGUUGCUUCUGCAAUCACCUCUGGACUGGGCCAUUCCAACACCGCAGCCCAUGUUGCCGCAAAUGCGCUCUCCCUCUUCGGAUAUUUCCAGGCCCAGGCGUUUAUCGGCAUGUCGUCGGUCCAUCUUCCUCCCAUCGUCUCAGCGUGGACGCAGAACUUCCAGUGGAGUAUGGGGAUCGUUCGUGUCGGCUUCCUUCAGCGACUAUGCACCUGGUACCAACGAGCCACCGGCGGAACCCCGACCGAUCUCUUCACGACCUUGGCGACAACCUCUGUCCAGGUCCAGAAGCGAUCGCUGGGUUCCGUCGAACACCUGGCGAAGCGCGCAUUCCAUACGCUCGGGAAACGAACGAACAAUGAAAUGACCAACGCGGAGAAUUUGGAGGUCAUCACGAUUCGUGGCAUCGAACGAGUUGGCUUCAAGGCGAAGAUCGACUCGACCAACAUCUUCAUGACGGGCUACACCUUUUUUAUCAUCUUCAUCAUCUUCGUGAUCGCGAUCGUCGCCAUCUUCAAAGGUGUUGUCGAGGCGCUGGUCAAAUCCGGCCGCAUGAAGAACGACAAGUUCCAGGACUUCCGCAACGGAUGGACCACCGUGUUGAAAGGCAUCCUGUUCCGCUGCGUGCUGAUCGGAUUCCCUCAGAUGGUGGUCCUCUGCUUCUGGGAGCUGACCAAGCGCGACUCCGCCGCCGAAGUGGUCCUCGCCAUCUUCACCAUCAUCACGAUGCUGAUGAUUCUCGGCUGGGCCACGUUCAAGGUGUGGCGAAUCGCCCAGCGAUCCAUCUCGAUGCACAAGAACCCGGCGUACAUUCUCUAUUCCGAUCCUGUCUCGCUCAACAAAUGGGGUUUCCUUUACGUUCAGUUCAAGGCCACAGCAUACUACUUCAUCGCUCCGAUCCUCCUUUAUCUGCUGAUCAAGGGACUUUUCAUCGCUCUUGUUCAAGGGAGCGGGAAAGCCCAAGCCGUUGCGCUCGUCAUUAUCGAGGCAGCCCUAUUGAUUGCGCUCUCGGUCAUGCGCCCAUAUAUGGACAAGAAGACCAAUGCCUUCAACAUUUCCAUCGCCGCCAUUAACUUCAUCAGCGCUCUGUUCCUUCUAAUCUUUUCGAACAUCUUUAAUCAACCCGGCCUUGUCACCGGUGUCAUGGGCGUCGUCUUCUUCGUCUUCAACGCCGUCUUCGCCCUCGUCCUCCUCCUCAUGGUUCUCGUCGCCUCUAUCUACGCCCUCGUGUCCAAGAACCCCGACACCCGCUACCAGCCCAUGCGCGACGACCGCGGCUCCUUCAUCAAAUCCCAAACCAACCUCGCCACCACCGAACUCGACGCCCUCGGCGCCACCGCCCGCGGCGACGGCAAGCACGCGACCCCCACCCGCCGGAACAUCGACGACGACGAUGACGAGAGCUUCUCCAGCGGCGCGCGCGGGCAGGUGCACGCGGAGAAGGCGCAGGAGAGCGGCUACUACGGCGCCGGCUCGGCCCUCUCCCAGGCGCCGAGUACCACUACAUACCAGAGCGCCGGUGGCUUCGGCGGCAGCGCGAGCCCCGCCCCCCCGUACAGCAAUAGCCAGUACAGCGGCUACAACUCGCGCGGCCCCGUCAACCGCGGCGCCACCGCGUCGCCGUCGCCAUUCCAGCGCGGCGUUGGGUAUGAUUAA